AUGUCACUGAAACGAAGUGCCAACACCUCGAGCUCACCGGGAGCUGCGAAAAAGCCAAAAGCAAAUGGUAGCAUCACAUCGUUCUUUGGCGCUCCCAAGCCCAAGGACGGUGCCAGUGCACCAAAUGCCAGUGCUCCACCACCACCUCCCACCGUCAAAUUCAACAAGGAGAAAUGGGUGUCCUCCUUGACGGCAGAGCAGAAAGAGUUAUUGCAAUUAGAGAUUGACACACUGGAUGAGAGCUGGCUUGCUCAUCUGAAGGAUGAAGUUGUCUCUCCUGAAUUUCUCAACUUGAAACGAUUCCUCAAGAAGGAGAAGGAGUCAAAAGCAACUAUUUUCCCUCCAGAAAGUGACAUCUAUUCAUGGUCACGACAUACCCCGUUGCAUACCGUGAAAGCCGUCAUCCUCGGUCAAGAUCCCUACCACAAUUUCAACCAAGCACACGGUCUUUGCUUUUCUGUUCGACCACCAACCAAAGCCCCUCCUUCCCUGAAAAACAUAUAUAUUGGAAUCAAAAAUGAUUACCCAUCCUUCGAAGCACCUCCAGACAAUAGCGGCCUGUUGACUCCAUGGGCAGAACGUGGGGUUCUGAUGCUUAAUACCUGUCUAACUGUCCGAGCCCACAAUGCAAACAGUCACGCGAAUCGAGGAUGGGAACGAUUUACACAAAAAGCGAUUGAUACAGUGGCUCGUGUCCGUACUCGUGGUGUGGUAUUUCUGGCUUGGGGAUCGCCCGCUGCCAAACGAGUAGCAGCUAUCAACAAACAGAGACACUGUGUUUUACAGUCUGUUCACCCAAGUCCUUACAGUGCUCGUAACGGAUUUUUAACAAAUGGACAUUUCAAAAAAUGCAACGAAUGGCUUUCCGAGAGAUAUGGGCAGGAUGCCUUGAUCGACUGGAGUUUGAACCCUAAGAAAUCCGUCUUCGAUCAGAAGCCUGCAGUAACGACCACAGGCGAAGACAAGCAGGAAGGACCUCUUGCCACCAGCAAACUUGCCAACAAAGGCCCUCUCGAUGUCGCUGCUGCAAUGGGCGACGAUGAAGCUGCAAUCAAGGUGAAGACUGCCACGCCGUCAGUCACAACAGCGGACGCCGAUCUUCUUUGUGACGAAGAUGAUUUGGAUGCUCUUGAGGCACUUGCUGCAGCAGAAGACGAUUUUUCUGCCCCCAAAGUCGAGACUGUGAACGAAGAAGUAAUUGUGAAAGAGGUCAAGAAGAACUGA